ACUUCACAGGGCACAGCGGUACUGAGAGAGAUGGCGCCCAGCUCGAAAUCUGAAAAGGACAAUAAGCAGAAAACGCUCAAAAAGCAUAAAGACCAUGUUGUGAAGCUUCUCAUGCGUGGAAAGCUGUCAGGACAGUUUUCCCAGCGUCUGUUUAGAAAGCUGCCUCCUCGGGUGUGUGUCCCAUUGAAGAACAUUGUCAGCUCAGAGUUCCUCAGAGCAGGACACAUAUUCCUGGGCUUCACAAAAUGUGGACGCUACGUUCUGUCUUACACUAGAGACUAUGGAGAAGAUUUUGAUUUCUCUUUCUAUACCUAUCAUCUCUAUUGGUGGGAGUUUAAUCUGCAUAGUAGACUCAAACAGGUCCAUCAUGUGCAGCUGUUUGCAGGGGAGGAAAUAUACAGCGAUUUGUACCUCACUGUGUGCGAAUGGCCAAACGAUCAAUCGAAAAUUGUCAUUUUUGGCUUCAAUACACGCAGUUCAAGUUCUGCAUUGAUGAACUUGAUGAUGAGCGAUGAGAACAACAGGGACAUCUACAUGACCAUAGCGUCCAUGCCUCCACCAAAACCUUGUUCGUACUGCAAUCCAAAUCCAUCAGCCUCAACCAUACGCACAGGAAGUGGUGAGUGUCUUGAGCAUGGAUAUGUGCUCAACAGCAGGUACCAGGUGGUUUAUCCAUUCCCCACUUUUCAGCCAGCUUUCCAGCUGAAGAAGGACCAGGUCAUCCUGUUGAACACGAGCUACUCUCUGGUGGCCUGCGCCGUCUCACUUUGCCCAGGAAGGCCAGGUCAGUCUUCACAGAUUCUUUACGCUAAGGGAGCAGCCCAGCCAACUCAAGCUUCAACAUCUUUGUCCUCAACUUCCUUGGUUUCCUCCUCCCUACCUCAGGGAUCUGCAGAGAAGGUUCCUUCCAGGCCGCCUGCAGUUCCCUCAUCACCCAGCCAUUCACAAGCAGCCUUACGAGCUCGGGAGUUUGCCGCCGACCUUUUCAGGCGAGCCCAGGGAGCUGGAGGGAAAACUAGUGAGGAACAAGUGGAGAGAGCAGCCAGUGGUGAUGAAAAAGAGGCAAAGCCUAAACCUGAAGAUAAAGGGAACAUUGUAGAGACGUCAGAAGAUGGGAGGGAUUACAAAGAGAGCAGUACAAGAGAUGAUCAGACUAGUUCAUCACAAAUGUCAACUGCAUCAAAUAGGAACCACGGUUUUCCACAAGUUUUUUCAGAACAAGCGCUCUCUCCUGCCUCUUCUCCGUUAUCACUUCCAUCAACUUCGAUUCAGUCCACAUGCCAGGGCGUUGGCCCCAACGAACCUGGAUAUGUGAACUACUCCCGCCUGCACUUCUGCCUACAGAAGCCAGGAGCAGCAGAGCAGAACCCAGGAGGUGCUGGAGGUUAUGAAGAUGAUAAAGUCCAGCUACAUUUCACUGUCAAAGAUCUGAAAGGAAGAAACCUGCAGCUGGUUACUGAGCCGCAUAACGAACAGAGUGUGUGUAUAGAGCAGUUGACUCUGGAUUUCGAGUAUCUUAUCAACGAGGUCAUCAGGAGUGAUGCUGCCUGGGCUCCACAGUUUUGUUCCUUCAGCGAUUAUGAUGUUGUGAUACUGGAGGUGUGCUCUGAGACCAACGUAGUGAUGAUCAACAUUGGCUUGCUGUUAUUGGCGUUUUCAGCCUCUGAUGAUGAGCACCGCAGGCAAAACACGUACCAUUCUAAUCUGCUGGUUAGCUGGGACCUGAGCACGGGAGCAUGUUGUACUGUGGGUGUAGGUGACCUGACGGAGGUUAAGGGUCAGACCAGUGGGAGCGUGUGGAGCUCUUACAGGAAGUCCUGUGUGAACAUGGUCAUGAAGUGGUUGCUUCCCGAUAGCAGCUCCCGCUACAUCCAUCGCAUGACCAACGAAGCUCUGCACAAAGGCUCCUCACUGCAAGUGUUGGCAGAUAGUGACCGCUGCACCUGGAUCGUUUUAUGAAGAAUAAAAAGGUCUGAUACAAACCUCGUUUUCAAUGAAAAGUUCAGCUUAAAUCAGAAAGUGUAGGUAAAAUAAAUUAAAAAAAAACUGUAAAACUACAUGUAAAAUGCUUCUUUAAACAAACAUGACUUUUGUUUUAUGUUUUGUGAAUCUGUGCUGUAUUAUUGCAACUAUCAAACCAAAGAGCUGGACUGAGCAAAAAUUCAGUUUUUACUUUUUUAAUACAAAGCUGUGUUGUUCAGUGUGAGUCUGUAACAGGUUGUACUAAUGUCAUGUUCACCCAUUGUGUUUGUUAUGUGGAUGAGUAUUAACUUACACAUUCUGCUGCUUUUUAUUAAGAUUCUUCACCUGGUUUGGACCAGUUCAGUCCAGCUUUGUGGGUUUGUUGGGUUGCUGUAUUUAAAAAGAGAAGUGAAGUUAUUUCUGUUUCUUUGGUUUCUAACCUACCGUAAACGUAGAGAUGCUGGAAACACGUGGUUUUGAAGGCAAUUGUCUUUUUUUUUUAUCUCGACUUGAUUGGAAACAGCUGUUCCACUGGGAAUAUUUUUGCAAAUAUUAAAAGUUCAAAUGUUCUUUGAA